UGUUAUAGUCGAUUCAGAUUAGGAGGAAGCAAACUAUAAUUAUAGUUGUAGAUGUCUAUAACGACAAAAAUAACUGUAUGAUUCGUUUCGACUGGCUUUUCAGAAUUACCGGAAAUGUCAGAUAUAGUUGUCGUAUUGCGUCAUUUAGCCACGUGAGCCGUAUAAAAUUGACGCCGGAAAUAAUUUAUGUUAGAAGUUUCGUGCGAGAAAGCGAGGCAUAUAAGAUUCGUCGGAUCUGACGGGCCAUCUGUGUGUAAAUUUAAUUUCUUAAGAUGGCUGACGAUCAGAAAGAAGAGUCUGUCGAUGUAGCAGUCGCCGUAACUGUCGCUGUCGAGGCAUCACCUAAGCUGUUGAUAAACGGCGAAGAAUUCACCGCAUGUUCGGAUCACGACGUAGCGGGAUCAUCGCCUUCAGAAGAUGAAGUAGAUCGCAAAUAUACCCACUCUCCUAUUGAUUCUCACUCCGACAACGAUGUAAAAGAUGGAACUGAACCUUUUCAACCUCCCAGUGAAGAACUCUCUGACAAAAUUGUCACCCAAGUUGAAUUUUAUUUAAGCGACGAUAAUCUGGCUAAAGAUGCCUUUCUUCUGAAGCAUGUCCGUCGAAACAAAGAAGGAUAUGUCAAUUUAAAGCUCAUAACGUCUUUCAAGAAAGUGAAGACCCUAACUAAAGAUUACAGAGUCGUUUCUCAAGCCCUGGAAAAGUCAAAGGAGCUUUCGUUGAAUUCAGAAAAGACGAAGGUUCGAAGGAAUACUUCCCUGCCAGCUGAACUUCUCGAACGCAAUCCUGGCCGAACCGUCGUGGUAACAGGACUUGAGAAUGCUUCAAUGGAAAGCGUGAGCGAAAUGUUUUCAAAAUGUGGUGAGAUUGAGUUAAUCCGCAUCGUUCGCCCAGGGAAAACGAUUCCAGACGAUCUGAGGUCCUAUUUUUCCAAACAUCCAGAACUAGAGACGGAGACUUGUGCUGUUGUUGCCUUUGAAACCAUGGCUGCGGCCGCUCGAGCCUGCAGUGAUAUGUCGAAAGAGGGCGGUGUGAAAGUGGUUGAACUUGGCAAGCAAGGACCCAAAAAGGAAAAAUCGAAGUCCAAGUCAAAAUCAAAGGACAGAGGAAGCGAUGUUGUACGAGAUUCUGACGAGGAACACGACGAAUCCUCAAAGAAACGUCGGAAUAGAAAGAAGAACAAACGAGUACAGGAACUGAUGGGAAAAAAUUCUGAUGAUAACGUCUCAAGCUCGUGUUCCUCCGAUACUGAUAAUUCCUACUCAUCAUUCAGCAGCUGCCGACGUCGACAAAACAGUGGGGGAAGCCAUACCUCAGAUAGGAGUACAUCUCCUGUCCGCAACAGCCCCAGUCCUCGCAGCAGUGCCGGUAACUGGCGGUCACCUCAGAGUAGUCCAGAGAUGUCCAGGAAGAUGGCAAACACUGGUGUAAAAGAAGGCAGCAGUAGUGCUCCAAACAGCCCAUGGUCUCAGCGUCGUAAGUUUGCAUCACCAAAUCUUAGCCAUUCGCAACACACAAGUCCGCUCGUUGAGUCCUCUAGCCCGCGACACAGAAUGAUCCAGUUGGAGGGAGUGGAACGACUUCCCAAGGGACCUGAUGGCACCAAAGGGUUCCAUCACGGUCUUGGCAGAGGCAGGCCUCUUGCAGCAGUGGCUUAAGCUACCUUGUUAUAUAUUUAUUAAAAAAGAUUGAAAUUUAUGCAUUAUUUUAAAUAAUCCAGUGUGUAAGGUUUGCAUGCUCUAAAGAUUAUCAAAUUUAUCUCUAGUAUAGUAGAAACAUUUGGUGUUAGCAGACCAGUAAAUGCCUGGGCCCAGGUGCUGGAUCCACAAGUUAUUGGGGUAUUUAUAUUUUGUGAUAUUUUUAUCGUCAUUGUGGAUAAACAUAACCAAAUCUCUGAGUGAAUGUUCAACAUUAUUAAAUUUUUACCAGCUGUAGUUCCUUCAUAUGGAUGAGCGUUUUAUGUUACUGAUUUUUUAAAGCAACUUGGGCCUGGUAUUUGAUGGGAGAUGUUAAAUAUGGCACUUUGUACAUAAUAUUAUGAUGUUAAAUCUAGAAUAAUUUAAUUUACUGGUAAUACAAUAUUCUUAGAGGUAGCUUGGGAUUCAGCCAUUUUUUUGUUUUUGAUAGAUUUUCGUAUAUUUUAAUACGCAAAGAAAGUGUUCAUUGUGUAGUGACUUCUCUGUUGGGCUAGAUUAUGGAUUGUUUUUCAUAUUACAAUGUAAGGUAACUUGCCUUUGCUAUUGGGGGUUCAGAAGCAUAUAACCCUGGGGUAGACAUGAAAGCUGUCUUUAUGGAAGGGGGUUCAGCUUAAGCAGAUUUCCUUUCAUCUUGUCUUCAAUAUUGCACUUUUGUAUUAAAUGUAAAGAAGUUGAUACAUGGACUGUAGGUAAAAUAUUACCUUUUACUUUAAAUUGUACAUAGCACUUAUUAAUUGUAGUCCAGGUAUUAUUCUUAUUGUCUGUUAUAUAAAUUAUAUAAUGUCACUGUGCUGAAACAUUGUUGUUGUUAUAUAAUAUACUGUUGAAGAGCUAAAUUUUGUGAAAAUGUUUCAGAAUGACAGUAACAUUAGCAACAUUCUCUAUAAAGUUCUGCAUUUAUAGACGAUGUAAUGAUAUUCGGUCUUGGGAUGCAAAAAAGGUUGUUAACACUAAUUUUUUGCUUGUCUAAAAUGCAGUUGCUGUAUUAACUACUUUAUUUGAAUUGGGAGUUAUUUAAGUAAAAACGGUGAUUUUCCAGUC